AUGCCACCCAAGACUUCUGGAAAGGCUGCCAGAAAGGCCGGUAAGGCCCAAAAGUCUAUCUCCAAGGGAGAUAAGAAGAAGAAGCGCAGAGGGAAGGAGAGCUACAGCAUCUACAUCUACAAGCUGAGGCUUCCCGCCUUGCACACUACAACAAAGCGUUCCACCAUCACCAGCCGGGAGAUCCAGACCGCCGUCAGGCUUCUGCUGCCCGGAGAAUUGGCCAAGCACGCUGUGAGCGAAGGUACCAAGGCCGUCCACCAAUUUUCGAUUACAGAAACAUAA